CAGGAGGUGCCCAGGAAAGUGCCUGUGAUAUCACCAGUGGCAGCUGCACUGGGCGGGCUGUGUCAGGAUGAGUUGGUUCCUCUGCGGUUUGCAGGGAUCAUUGCUCAAGGAGAGGAGCGGGCUGUACUGCCAAAAACAAGGGCAGUGUGCCUGGUGAGGGGCUCCCCCCAAGCGGCAGGGGAGCACCCCACUCAGCCCUGCAAUGCCAGAGAGGCCUACAGGAUCCCUGUGAGGUGCACAUGCCCCACAGCAUGCCGAUGCCUGCACGGGAGCCAGCCUUGGAGGCCACCAGCCAUGCAAAACAGGGAUUAUCUAGCUCCCAGGAGAGCUGCAGAACUGAUUCCAGAACUCAGUCCCCUCUGCCACACGAAUCCCUCUCCUUUACCUGCAAAGCAUCACCCUUGGGUAUGAGGCUGUGUCCUGCCCCUUGCAGUGGCGGCCUCUGGGUUUCAUCCAGCUCACUUCUGCAUUUACAACAACACCAGAGAGCAUUUGUAGCAACAAAAAUAAGGUGGGAAUAUUUCUUUUCUAUUGUUCUGCUCCACUGUGCCCUGUGCCAGCAGAAGUGAAACCAGCAGGGGCACAGCCCGUUUUCCUCCUGCCUUCCCCUGGGGCCGAGCACCCUGCAACACACCUCUGACUGUCCUAGCACAGCAGCAGCUUCGUCCUUCUCAGGGGACCAUGGCUUCCCGAGGUGUCCCCCUGCCCAACAGCCAAUCCUCAGCCUCUCUGCCCACUGGGAUGUCAUUCCCUGCCCCAAACUACACUUUCUGCACAGGAGCUGGCAUGCGAAUGCUGCUGGGUUACUGCAGGCACAAUCUAAGCUGCAGCGGUUCCAGAAAAAGAGAGAAUUGCAGUAGAACAUUUUGCAAGGAUGAUGACAAAGAACAGGAACCAAAUUUCAUUUACAUUGGCCAAGUAGAAAAUCACUGUAAUGAGUUAUGGAUUUUGUGGGUGGGUUCCUCCUUUUGUGUUGUGUGAGUCCCACUGGAGCAUCGUUUAUUUAUCUGAAACUGGAAUAUGCAUGUGACCCGAAGGGCUCCUGCCUUUGCUUUCACUGGAAAUGAGUGGAGCAAUUCCUGCAGAAAACCCUGCCAAAAUGAUAUUACUUAGAAGUAGAAUAUGUGUAAAAAUAGAUUUAUGGUGAUGCAAAGGAGUGUUCACAAUGGAGCACCUUCCUGAAGCAUCGAUAGAGGAUCAUAAAGGGCAUUUAAUGGGGGGAAGUUCCCCCGUCCUGUUUUUGGACCUUUCUCAUAAAGAUUUAAAAAGGCAGAAACAGGAAAAUACAUUGUUUAACUAAUUGGUCUUGAGUGGUAUAUGACAACUGACAGCCUGCACAGGAUGCGGGAGCCACACACCACGCUCCUGCUCUGCCUGGCGCAGGUCCGCACGCCUCGUCCUGCUCCGUCCUCUCAUCGCCACUGCCACUGACAUGGUGGGUCGGAGGGCUCUGGGUGGCCACGCACCAGGCUGGCCCCUCGCUGGGUUCUUGGUCCCCAGCUGGCAGCAGGGCACCACGGUGGGACAGCACUGCGCUCGGAGGAUGCGGGCUCUCAGCUCUUGUGGCAUCUGGUGCCUGGGCAUCGCUGCCUUCGCAUGGGGCAUGGUGAUGCAGGUGGGGGCCUGGACAUACAGCUACAGUGAGAAGGACUACAAGUGGGACAAUGCCAGGAACUACUGCCAGACCUUCUUCACUGACCUGGUGGCCAUUCAGAACAAGGAGGAGAUUGAGUACCUCAAUCGCACCCUGCCCUAUCAUAACAAAUACUACUGGAUUGGCAUCCGCAAGCUGGGAGGCACCUGGACCUGGGUGGGCACCAAGAAGGAGCUGACUGAGGAUGCAGUCAAUUGGGCCACUGGGGAGCCCAACAACCGCCAGUUCAACCAGGACUGCGUGGAGAUCUACAUCAAGCGGCAGCCAGAGGCAGGCAAGUGGAAUGAUGAGCCUUGUACAAAGAAGAAGAAGGCACUGUGCUACAAGGCCUCCUGCCAGCCCCUGCUCUGCGGCCUGCAUGGCGACUGCAUGGAGGUCAUCCAGAGCUACAAGUGCAAGUGCCACCCCGGCUUCACAGGGGAAAACUGUGAGAAUGCUGUAACCUGCCCAGUGCUCACACCUCCAGAACAUGGAGAACUGAACUGCUCCCACCUCCAUGGAAGCUUCGCCUUUGGCUCCAUCUGUGACUUCUCCUGCCAGCCAGGGUUUGUGAUGUUUGGGCCACAGAGCCGUGAGUGCACAGCCACUGGAACCUGGACUGGGGACACCCUGCAGUGCCAAGCCAUCAGCUGUCCAGUGCUGGAUGCCCCCAGCCAUGGCCACCUCAACUGCUCUCAUCUGUAUGGGAACUUCACGUUCAACUCCACUUGCACCUUUUCCUGCAAGGAUGGUUUUAUCCAGAUGGGAGCAGGGAUGCUCAGGUGUGCAGCCACAGGGAACUGGACCAGGUAUCCCCCAGUCUGUGAAGAGGAUUCUGCUGCCUUUUUGAAACAAGUUCUGGUUUACACCAGCACCAGUGCUCUGGCAGUAGCUGGCCUUGUGCUCUCUGGAACGCUCAUCGCCUUGCUUGCCAAGCAGCUCAGCAACAGAGAGGAGAAGAAGAAGCUCUUGAACCCCACCAGUGACCUAGGAGCACCAGGCCUCUUCACCAAUGCAGCCUAUGACUCCACCUUGUAAGGCGAAUGCCAGCACAGUGCUUGCAGCACACUGGAAGGCCACGCGGAGCCGGGAACACUGUCCCCGCCAGCACCAGGCCCUGACGGUUCUUCACGCCUUGCCCUGCAGACCCUUGCUGCCUGCUGCCCUGAAGCAGCGCUAAGGGGCUGGGACUGCAGAGCUCUGCGCCCACCCCAGCCUAUACCCACACGUGGGCAAGGCCGCUGAAGAGCCGCAGGGGCGUGGAAACACGGACUGUAGUCCCUUCCCUUCCUCGAUCUGCUGCUGGGGCCGGGCCCUGGCCAACAGGCUCUCAAUAAACGCCUCUGCUCUCCCUCGA